UAAAGUGCGGUAACAUUGUUAAACUCAGAAGUGUACAUGUUGUUGGAACACAGAAAGACGCAGAACGAAGAAGCAGAAGAAGAGCAAAAACUGUCGGAAGAUUUCAUGAAAACCCUUAACUACACACAGACGUUUGGUCGAUAUAAAAACAGAGAAACCAUCGCUCAAGUUAGAAGUUUGCUAGGCAAGAAGAAACUUCACAAGUUUGAACUGGCCUGUUUGGCUAAUUUAUGUCCUGAAACAGCAGAAGAAGCUAAGGCCUUGAUUCCAAGCUUGGAGGGAAGGUUUGAUGAUGAUGACCUUCAGCAACUACAGGACGACAUUCAGACACAUAGAAGUUUCCAGUACUAGCCAGAUAUAUGGUGGUUUGA